UUAUUAAUCAGAACCUGUUGACUUGGAAAUAAAUUGACGUGUGAUGGUGCAGAAUUAAAUUAACGAAUAAAAAGAAAAAAGUGAGAUAUCAUAAAAGAAUUCUUCAACAGUGAAAAAUGGAAUUUGUUGAAUUCAUCAACACACCAACUGUUGAUAAUGUGGUUCUUCACAAACCAUUCGAGUUGUCUUUAGAAGGCACACUCUGUGUAACUGGACAUCAUCUUAUUCUUUCUUCAAGACAAGAAUCCAAAAGUGAACUGUGGUUACUUCAUCGCAGUAUUGACAGUGUUGAGAAGAAACUAUCUGGUGCUGGUGGUACUUUAACAAUUCGCUGCAAAGACUUUUCUAUCAUCCAACUGGAAAUCCCUUUGGCUGAAGAAUGCAUCAACAUUGCUAGUUCAGUGGAACAACUGUCAAAUAUAGAUGAUGUUGCCCUUAUGUAUCCUUUCUUCUACCGACCCUUGUUUGAUGUCCUGGAAGAUGGUUGGCAAGCUUUCCUCCCUCAAGAGGAAUUUAACCGUUUCAAAGAAUGUUCUGAUGAAUGGCGCCUUAGUUACAUAAACAAAGAUUACGAGGUGUGUCCUUCAUACCCUCACCUUGUUAUUGUUCCGAAAUCUAUUGAUGACAUCACACUUGUUCGUGUGGCAGGCUUCAGACAACAUGGACGUUUCCCUGUCCUCUGCUAUUAUCACAAGGAUACAAAGGCUGUGAUGAUGCGAAGUAGCCAGCCACUUACUGGAACAAAUGGACGCAGAUGCAAAGAUGAUGAAAGACUUGUCAAUGCAGUUUUAGGGAUUGGUCGCCGUGGUUACAUCCUUGAUACCCGAUCUCAGGGUCAUGCCAAAGCAGCUCAGGCAAAAGGUGGUGGAUUUGAACCUGAAGCUCAUUAUAGCCAAUGGAGAAGAAUCAAUCAAGCCAUUGACAGAAAACAUGCCCUCCAUGAUUCCAUCAUCAAACUGAUUGAAGCUUGUAAUGAUACAAGUACUUCCACAGACAAAUGGUUGUCCAAAUUAGAUUCCAGCGGUUGGCUGAGUAACGUUAAAGAUGUCAUCAAUGCUGCUUGUAUGGUCGCCCAGUUUAUCGAUAAAGAAGCUGCCUCCGUUUUGGUGCAUGGCUCAGACGGUUUGGACACCACUCUGCAGGUCACUUCGUUGGCUCAACUACUACUGGACCAUGACUGUCGUACAGUGAGAGGGUUUGAGGCCCUUGUUGAACGAGAAUGGUUGCAAGCUGGUCACCCAUUUCAGGAAAGAUGUGCCAAGUCUGCUUUUGCUAUGACAAAACAACACAAAGAGGCUCCUGUAUUUCUGCUUUUCUUGGAUUGUGUCUGGCAGAUAUGGCAACAAUUUCCAUGCUCUUUUGAAUUCAAUGAAGAUUUCCUCCUGCUGUUAUUUCAGCAUGCUUAUGCUUCACAGUUCGGGACAUUCUUGUGCAAUAAUGAGUUUGAAAGGAAGAACCAUGAACUUGUAACAAAAACUGUAUCAUUAUGGUCCUAUGUCAACCGACCUGAAGUUAUCCAGACAUACAUGAAUCCUAUGUACGAACCAAACCAAGGUGUACUUUGGCCAUCUGUUGCUCCACAAAGUUUGCAACUAUGGACUGCUCUGUACUGUAGUUCCAUCAUUGACAAUGGACCAAGAAUCGAAGGAUGGGAUGAAAUGGCUCAUAUUCAAGAAUCUGACAAAGAACUACGCUCCAGAGUCAACCGACUGCGAAGGUAUUUACCUUUUACUGUUUCUUAUUUCUUUAUUGCCCACAAGGGGCUAAAUAUAGAGGGGACAAACAAGGGAUUAAGUCGAUGGACUUACCUUUUACUGUUUUGCAUCAGGAACCAGCUUCAGCCUUUUCAUAGCGAUUCUCAUUGCUAUCAUCUUGUUUCUUGUUACUCUAAUUUCUGUGUUCACCUUCCUGUGAUUCCAUUUCCUCUCUUCUGUGUCCAUAGCAUGCAUUUUCUGCAUAUUGAGCAGGAUCAUUUACCUGAUGGGUAUUCCACUCUGAAAAUGAACUCAUUAGCAUAUAGUAGUUCUCAAGGGCAGCUAGUAUUAAAUUCCUCUGCUGUGACCAAGAGGACAGUGAUUAAGAAGAGGGAAGUAUUAAUUACUAAUUAUUCUAAUUAUGUUGGAAUAAUAGAUCUUUUUACAGAUUCGAGUGUUUUUGCAGAUUGGAGAGUUAAGAAAUCUUGUAAAAUCUUACAAAGUGAACCAGUGGAAUUGGGACAAAGCGUACUUCUUAGAACUGAAGAAAUUCCUAAUCUAACAAUUCCCUUUCACUGGGAAUGUGGACCCAAAAGGUUUCAAUGUGAAAUAACAUGCCUUAAUCACAGCCAUUUUAAAGUUACAAAUAAUGGUAACAGUUCUACUUUAUGGAUGUGGAAAGUAACAAAAGAGUGUUUAAAAUUGGACUUCAUUCAGGGCGAUUACGACAUUCUAGGAACAGUUGAAAUACAGUUAAAGACUACUACUGCUGCUACUACUGCUAAUGCGACUGCUGCUACUUCAGGUUUUGCAUCAGGAACCAGCCUCUGCAUUUUCAUUGCAAUUCUAGUUGCUGUCAUCUUGCAACUAUGGAAUAUAUAGAAUGGUAUUUUCUAUUUUAUUUUGAUAUUGGUUAGCCUUUUAAUAGACUUUUACUGUUUUCAGUCGACAUAAUUACUUUUAACAUAAGCACCUUUUAUACCACGGAUGUAUUUGUCGGUACUUGCUGGAAUUUGGACCUCCACUCUCUGCCCUUCUCCCACUUUAAAUGGACAUUAAUAUCCCUACAUAUUUGGGAACAAUGUUACCCCCUUGUUUGAUUUAUUCAUCUUAUUUCACUUUAUUUGUUUUUUAUUAUAUGUUAUAUUUCUCUUUAUUUUAUUGUACUCUAUGUCCACCCUCUCCCACCAUACAUUGUAUGUAUCUGCUUGCUUUUGGUACUAUGCAACUACCGACAAAUACAUCCGUGGUAUAAAAGGUGCUUAUGUUAAAAGUAAUUAUGUAGACUGAAAACAGUAAAAGUCUAUUAAAGGGCUUACCAAUAUCAAAAUAAAAUUUAAAAAAAAAAAAAAUUUGAUGUACUAUGUAGCACUAAUGAAGGUGCAUGGCUCAGUGGUUAGAGCGUCAAGUUUACGAUUGUGAGGUGGUGAGUUCGAAUCCUGGACCGGGCUGCGUGUUGUGUUCUUUAGCAAGGCACUUUAUUCCACGUUGCUCCAGUUCACUCAGCUGUAGAAGUGAGUUGCGACAUCGCAGGUGCCAAGCUGUAUCGGCCUUUGCCUUUCCCUUGGAUAACACUGGGGGCAUGGAGAGGGGAGACUGGUGUCCAUGGGUGACUGCUGGUCUUCCAUAAACAACCUUGCCUGGACUUGUGCCUUGGAGGGUAGCUUUCUGGGUGCAAUCUCAUGGUCAGUCAUGACCAAAGUGGGUCUCAGUAUGUAGAACUGUAAGUGUAGCCUAUUGAUUGAAAUAGUUUGUCUGCACCCACUUAGAGUUAAUAUAUUAUUUGAUUAUAAUUUUUAAAUUAUUAGAUUUAUUAAUAGGAAUAAUCUGAUUUUAGGGUAAUGUAAUAUAAGCACAGCCUGUUGAUAUACCUUUGUUUAUGAUUUUUAAUGAUUAGAUUUAAUUAUCUUAGGGUAUUUGUUAUUGUUUUUAAGUAUGUUCAGUAAAUUGUUUCAAUUAAAGAAACUUCACUCACAGUACUAAUUUACCAGUGGACCUGUUAUUAACUGUACCCAUAUAUUACCAAUAUACUCUUUUAAGUUGUUUUACAAUGAUAGGAACUAUAUAAUCUUAAUGACUAUGUAAUGCUUAUCUAAUAUAUAAAUCCCAUUCUGUCUAUCAGUGUUUUGUGCGCUUAUAACUUGAGUAUUGUCCAUCCGAUCACACUGAAAUUUUAAACCACUUUAACUAACUGUAAUCAACCACAUGUAUUUACGGUCAAAUAUGUUCUUACGGCUGUUUUCCGUGCGAUAAACCAACUGACACGAAAAACUACUGGGAAAAGGCAGUUACAAAACAAGUGAAAAUUUAAAAAAAACAAAAAAACAUUACUGGCCAUUGCUCCAUUUUCUGAAUAUAUUCUCAACAAAAUUCAAUUGAAAAUAAAAAAAGAUUAACUCAUUGCUUAUAAAACA